UUAAAAGUGCAUGUUAUUAAUAAUAGAAAAUUUAAAAUAAACAAAACUUAUUAAAAAAAAACAGGUGCACAAACACGAAAGAGAAAAAACAACGAAUAGAAUAAUACACAGAGAACAAAUUAACAAAAAAAGGAGGCGUAUAAUAGUGAAAUAAAAAAAAUUCAAUAGAGAUGCAUAAAUUAUAAUUUAAAAAGAAAACUAAAUUGAAUAAACAAAACACGUACGCAGUAAUGAAACAUUAAAUGUACAAAAAGAACAAGAAAUUGUUUAAAAUAACAAAUUUCUAGAACUCACAAUUAUGGAAAAUUGUUAAUAAAGAAAAUAGGAAAAUAACGAAAAGGAUUAUGUGAGACUGGAGUUUCUUUAGUUUUGUGUUCUUUGUUUCCAAUGAUACUCGUAAUCAAGUUGACCCUUUAAUAUUGACGGUCUUAUAGUUUACACACAUACACAGGGUAUUUUGGUUUUUAGGCCAUUUAAGUUCAAUUACCUUUAAAUUAAAAUAUUGAAUAUUGAAAAAAGAAAAGUUUUUAAUAACGUUUAUAUAAUUUUGUUUUUAAAUUUUGUGUAAUAAUAAUAAUUGCGAAAAGAGAGUGGAGGUGGGGGUCAUUAAACUGAAGUGUAAGUGUCUGUGCUAUUGUAAAUAGCAAAUUAUUAGGGAGAGGUUUCAAUUUCUAUAACAUACAAUUAUGUGGAAGUGUCACAAGUGCGGAAAACCCGUAUACUUUGCGGAACGCAAACAGUCAUUGGGAUAUGACUGGCAUCCCGAAUGUUUAAGGUGUGAAGAAUGUGGCAAACGCUUAAAUCCCGGACAACAUGCUGAGCAUAAAGGUGUGCCUUAUUGUCAUGUGCCAUGUUAUGGAGCUCUCUUUGGACCUCAACUAUUUGGUCAUGGAACUCGUGUAGAAUCUCAUAAAAGCUUUGGCAACAAAGCUACCUUCAAUAGACCCGGUCAACAGAAUGGUCCUUCUUUACCCAGAGAUCAUCUUGAGUCAAAAUUAAAGGUAUAUAAUCAAUUCUAUGACAACAAAAGUAUGGAAGUGCGAAGCAGAGAAGUUAACAAUCGUUUAAUACUCGAAGGAGCUUUGCGUGUCUACUGGGGUGUACAAGGUGUCAUCCAUUUGAAGGAAGAUGAUGAUCAACGUACAUUUGUAGUGCGUAAACGCAACUCAUGUCGCGUAUCAAAAGCGGAUAAUGAUGCUUCCGAUAAAGAAAAUAACGAUGGCACUGAGUCUUUUGAAGGCGCUACCACAACAAGUGAUCAAGUUGAUGCUAUAUCUACAGACGUUUCCUUGAGUGAAAGUAUGACUUUUGAUUCAUGCAGUUUAAAUGAAUAUCCCGAGUUGCCAACCACACCAGAAGAUGCUUCGGCACAAACGACUGGCACAAGUGUAACCGAAACACUUACGAAUGGUAAACAUGAAGAAGAUUCUUCAUCUACCACCACCACUUUGUGUGAUGAGCAGUCAUCGAAUAUAACAUCUGCAACAAUAUCAAACACUAACAAUUGCGUUAGUUCUACGUUGCCCUCGAAAUUGGAUAAAUUGGAAAAGUUAGAUUGGGAUGAAAUUGAUGAUUUGUUGCAAGUGGAGCGACGUGUCAGUGAAAAGGAUAAAGUUUAUGAAACUAUGCCGGUACGCCUGCCCUCGACUUCGCCCCAAAACUCUUCAUCAUCAACUCCUACUUCGGAAAGUUCUAAAACAAUGUCGAAUCAAAAUAGCACCGAUUCAACUAAUAUCGAAGAUGCCUCACCCUCUAAAACAUCUUCGUCUUCCACCACAACAUCAUCCGCUAGUUCUUCCUCCACCACAACUUCUUCCGAUAAUUUUCUAACAGCCACUGCCUCAUUGAACACGACCACAACUGCUGGAACCAGCACAAAUGCCAAUACAACCACCUCUACUACCGUUGAUAAUUACGAAACCUCCGAUGAUGCCACUUUGAAACCCAUGGAUUUUGAAGAUUUUAAACGUAGCGUCCAUCAAGACUACGUAAAUGGUGCCAAUUCUUUCCAAGAGCACAAUGAUGAUACUCUUAAGCGCAAUCAACCCAUAGAUCCUUCACGUAUACACGACUCCCUUAAGCUGUACAGUGCUGCCGACAACCCCAUGAGCAAAAGUUUUAAUUGUGAACAUGCCCUGAGAUCUAUAGAUGCUUCAUUUAUAAAUGAUACUCUAUCGCUUAAAAUCCAUGAGGGCGGGUCACCGCUUAAACGUUCUCCGUAUGCUUUACAGAAAAGUGGUUCUGCGCAGGCGCAACUAAUGGUAACAAAUGGUCGUUUUGAGAAGGGCAUAAAUCGCUCCAAGUCAGGACCAUCGUGUGUGGUAUAUUCUUCCAGCGAUGACGAUGAUGAUUCUACUUUGAAACCACGUCACAGGCGAGAUGGCGGUGGUGAUGUUGAAAACAACCAGCAUAUUUCGGCUACCAUACGUAAAAGUGAUAUACCACCAAAAUUUAUACAAAUCAAAAUGAAUUGCUAUCCCAGAGAAGGUGCCAGUGAUUGUGAUUCCAGCCGCCAGGACAACGCCCAAUCAACAACAUCACAAAGUGGUGCUGCUGCCGGCGAUGAAUUGACACAAACGGAAUCAUUGUACACUGCAACUUCAGGCGGUGCUCAUCAAAACCAUCACAACAAUACACAUCAUCUUGAUAAUGAUGAACAACCGUUGCACAUAACCGAAGAUGGUGUGGUAUUGAGAAGACCACCACGCACGGGAGCGGCAGCCAUAAAGAGGAGAAGUGGCAAUAGAAGAUCACGCACCAAACUAAAACGCCGUUGUUCUAUUAAUGGUCACUUUUAUAAUCGCGAAACUUCAUUCUUUACACCACCCUAUGGUUCACAAAUGUCCGUUUGGGUAACUUCGCUGGUAACCACACAAGAGGUCAUAAAUCUGUUGUUGGAAAAAUAUCGGGUAGAUAGUGCAGUAGAGAAUUUUUCGCUUUUUAUCAUAAGGGACAACGGGGAACAAAAGCGUCUCAAGGACAAUGAGUAUCCCUUAAUAACACGCAUUAUGAUGGGUCCUCAUGAGGAUGUGGCCAAAUUAUUCUUAGUCGAUGCAAAGAAAACUGAUGAAAUAAGCAAUGAAGUUGCUCAAUUUUUGAAUUUAUCAGUACCAGAAUGUCGUGCUAUACUUGAACGUUAUGAUCAAGAAUUAGACCGAGAAGUUACCAAAGUUAGAGACAAAUAUGCGGAAUUACGCCGUCGUAUUGUUGGUCGUAUGGAAUCUCUUAAAGUUCAUUUAUAAAUGUUCUUCCCCCCGAAACACUUUUUACUUUCCUUGAAGAAAAGAACAGUUUAUGCAACAUAGUUUUCCCAUAACUUAAAACAUUUAUUUAGUAUUGAUAUUUUAGUUGCACAACUCAAUUGAAACUCAGUUGAAAAAAACAAAAAAUAUUUAAUAUUUUCCAUUAUGAUCAAACGAGUAUAAAUGUUUUUAUUUUAAUUGCCAAAAGCUAUUUAUAAAGCGUUUAAUACAGUAUUUAAAAAAAAACUUCUUAAUUUUUUCGAACAAACAAGUGUCAUAGUACAUGUUUUUUAUUGAAACUUUUUUAUUUUUUUAAUUUUACUUUAUUAUGUACUACUAUACUAUUAUUGUUGUUUAGUUUACUAACCACUCACAAAGCCAACUCUUAACAAAAACAAACAAAUACAAAAAAAAAAUAAUAACAAUGGAAAUCAAAAGAUUUAAUUUUAAUAUUGAAAAUAAAGUUCAUUUAACUUAAACAUAUGAAAUGUGUAAUGUGUGUACUGCAAAUUAACAAUUGGUCUGAAUUUGAUAAUAGUUAAACAAUAUCAAUGAAAUGUAAACAUAAUUAUUGUAGUUUUUUUUAUAUAAAAAAAGAGAAAACAUGUUUUGUUUUUUUUUAAUGAAAGAGAAACUUAACAAAAAAAUAUAUACAUAUAUAAUAAUGAAAUCUCUAUAAAGUCCCCAGUGUUUAACAAAAAAACAAAAAAUAUA